AUGGAGGAGAUCGUUCUUGCAGUUUUAGCGAAAAUCGCAGAGUACACUGUUCAACCAGUUGGACGGUGGCUAUGUUAUUCAUGUCACUACAAGAGCAACAUGGAGCAUUUGAAGAAUCAGGAAAUGAUGCUGCGGGAUGCUCAGAAAGAGGUUGAACGCAAGGUUAAAACUGCUUCAGAUAACGGCGAUCAAAUUAAAGAUAAUGUAGAAACGUGGUUGAAAAAGGUGGAUGAAAUUAUCAAGAAACUUGGUGGAGGUGAAGAAGAAGGGGAAUCGAGGAACUCUAAUCCGUCAUGCCUGAACUUGAAGCAACGACAUCAGAUGAGCCGGGAAGCAAAGGAGAUGGUGGAUAAUAUUGCUGAACUUCUUAAAAUGGAAAACUUCGUCAGCGGCGUUUCCCAUCGUCUUGCUGCGCAAGAUAGGGUGACUCCAAUAAACAUGGAUUACAUGACCUUGGAUUCGAGGAUAUCAAUUACGAAGAGAAUUAUGGAGGCAUUGGGAGAUGCUAAUAUUAACAAGAUCGGCGUGUGGGGGUCGCCUGGAGUUGGAAAGAGUACACUGAUGAAAGAAAUUUUCAGGAAAGCCAAGGAAGAAAGCUUAUUCGAUGAGGUGGCUCUGGCAAAUGUGACGAAAAGCCCAAACCUAAGUCAAAUUCAAGAAGAAAUUGCAAACAUGCUAGAUCUAAAGCUUGAUCCUAAUUGUAAAACUGAAAUGGUAAGAGCAGCCCAUCUACGGGCGAGGUUAGAAAAAGACAAGGAGAAGAAGAUACUUGUUAUCUUGGAUGAUAUAUGGAAGCGACUUGAUUUGGAGGAAAUAGGAAUUAUUCCUUCCGAAAGAUGCAAAGUACUACUCACAUCCAGAGAUCGACAUGUACUAGCUUCUGAGAUGGUCAACGAAGAGAACAGCUUUAAACUCGACACUUUAGGAGAAGAAGAAGCAUGGAACUUAUUUGAAAAGAUGGCAGGUGAUUUUGCGAAAGAUGAUCUUGACUUGCGAAACACAGCAAUUGAGGUAGCUAAAGCAUGUGGAGGUCUUCCUAUUGCACUUGUAACAGUUUCUAGGGCAUUAAAGAACAAGAAUUCGAGAAUCUGGAAGGAUGCCCUGUUGAAACUAACAAAAUCCACUCCAGAACAUGACACAGAAAUAUGGUCACCCGUAUAUUCUUGUAUACAACUGAGUUAUAAACAUCUUGAUGGUAGAGAGCUCAAAUCCCUCUUUUUGCUUUGUGCUCGACAAGGUUACUACAUUUCCUAUCGGGACUUGUUGAGAUAUGGUUUCGGUCUGUGUUUAUUCUGUGGCAUUGAUACAUUGGAUGGAGCAAGAAACAGACUAGAAUAUUUAGUUAGCAAGCUCCAAGAUGCUUGUUUGCUACUACAAAGUCCGCGUAGCUCUGAGGAAUUUUACAUGCAUGAUGUUGUUCGUCAUGUCGCUACAAUGAUUGCAUCCAAUGAUGAUCAUAAUAUGUUUGUCAUGAGAGGCGAUGGUGGGUAA